GGGCAAGAGAAGAAGAGAGACUGAAAUCUAAAUAAUUAAACAGCCUUUCAUUCUUGCUAUAUUUUCAUUACAAUAUAUAUAUAUCUCCGCCCAAUACAUCAAUGGCGGUUCUCGAUCUUCACCACCCAUGGCUCUUUGGGUUUGGAAUCUUAGGUAACAUCAUAUCGUUGUUAGUAUUCCUUGCACCAAUGUCAACAUUCAUUCGAAUUUGGAGAGCAAAAUCAACAAUGGGGUUUCAUUCGUUCGCAUUAGCAUUGUUGGCUGGAUUUGUGUCGCGUUUUCCAUUGCUGUUUUUGCUUCACCGCUUAGUGUUGCGCUUCAAGUAUUCCAAACAAAGAGUGUUGAGUUCUUGCCAUUCUACUUGUCUUUCUUCCUCACAAUGAGCGCAAUUAUGUGGUUCGGUUAUGGUGCAGUAAUGAAGGACUUACGCAUUGCGUUGCCAAACAUAUUGGGGUUCUUCUUAGGGCUGCUUCAGAUUUUAUUGUACGUGGUAUACCGAAAGGCAGGGCCAGUUAAAGUGGACGAAGCCAAGAAAACAGGGGAGCAAAU